CACAAAUCAUCGCGAAUGGCUCAACAGCUAGCAGGUAGCUUCUCACUGGCUCAUCCCCAGCUGUGAAAUGGCUCCAUAGUAGUUCUUCAAUAUCCGGUACCCUCUUCGAUGCCGCCUCGCGCACCAACUGAUGCCUACCCAUUGUCCAAGCUGUCACAUCGGUCCUCAUUGAAUUCCUCCGGUAUGCCGAGGUUGGAAAAUGGCAAUGGUGGAGAGGUAUCGACAUCGAGGGCUGCAAUGGCAUUCGGGAGAAGUAAGAAGGGCAAGGAACGUUUCAGCGAUGGCGAAAUCGAGGAUGAGCAAGAUGAGGAAGGAGCCGCUCUCUUAGGUGGACAUGGAACUCUUGAUCCUGUCGAAGGGAGUAUGCUCGCUGGACCCAGCAGACUACCUAUGGGAGCCAGACUGACGGGUACGAAAGACAAAUCACGGACAAUCCCUCUACAUCUCACUGCAUCUAGGGCGACAUACCCCGCCAACGUGGUCAGGAACCAAAAGUACUCGGUUGCAAGCUUUCUACCUCUGGUGUUCUGGGAACAGUUCAAGUUCUUUUUCAACUUUUACUUUCUCGUGGUCGCGUUAUCACAGUUCAUCCCCGCGCUCAAGAUAGGCUAUAUCGUAACCUAUGUCGCCCCUCUUGCGUUCGUUCUCGCCAUCACGAUGGGCAAAGAAGCAUACGACGAUUACUGUCGAUACCUUAGAGACAGGGAAGCAAACUCGACUUGGUACCUUGUCAUCUUGCCUCAAACCACCUCUUCCUCAGGUGUUGCGGACUCUGGAUCUCGCGAUAAGCCUCUGACAAGAUCGGUCCCUUCAUCUCGCAUCAAAGUUGGAGACUUGAUUCUCUUGGAGAAGAAUCAAAGGGUACCUGCGGAUAUGGUUCUCCUCACCACCAGCGAGGAAGAAGGGACUUGUUUCAUUCGGACGGACCAGUUGGAUGGUGAGACUGAUUGGAAGCUCAAAGUAGCGGUUGGCGAGACGCAAAAGCUGGGGGAGUCAGGUGUCGGCGGUGUGGAAGGUAGUUUAUAUGCCGACCCACCGAUCAAAGACAUUCACACGUUCUACGGAGUCCUGACCCUGCGGUCGACAGAUCCUGGCCCUUCGACAGAUACGUCUAUCCCACUGUCUGUCGAGAAUGUUCUCUGGGCGAAUACUGUCCUCGCAGCUGGCUCUGCAGUCGGUAUGGUCGUUUAUACUGGCAAGGAAACGCGAGCAGUGUUGAACACCAGCGAGCCAGAAACGAAGAUGGGUAGUUUAGAGGCUGAAAUUAACAAGAUGGCAAAGAUCCUCUGCAGUGUCACUUUUGCUCUCUCGGUCAUUCUCGUCGCUCUGAAUGGAUUCCGAGGUCGUUGGUAUAUUUAUGUCUUUCGGUUCCUCAUCUUGUUUUCGUCCAUCAUUCCCAUCAGCCUGAGAGUCAACCUUGACAUGGGCAAAACGGUUUAUGCGCAUCAGAUCCAGUCUGAUGCGGAUAUACCUGAGACUAUCGUCCGAACAAGCACGUUGCCCGAAGAGCUCGGCAGGAUCGAGUACCUCCUUAGCGAUAAGACGGGCACUCUGACGAGAAACGAAAUGGAGCUGAAGAAGCUACACCUGGGAACAGUGGUCUUUGGUUGGGAUUCGAUGGACGAGGUAGCCAAUCUGCUGAAGCAGAGUUUUUCGGACGAAACUCUGCAGGCGCCUCCCGGCAAUACACGGCGAACCUCGGUCAAUCUUGGCCAAGGUCAAGCAAGAGGCCGUCGUGAUAUGUCUGGGCGUGUUUUGGACGCCGUCCUCGCGCUCGCGACUUGCCACAAUGUUACGCCAGUGUCCAACGACGACGGGACAGUCACAUAUCAAGCUUCCUCCCCCGACGAAGUGGCCAUAGUCCAAUGGACAGAGUCUGUCGGUAUGACUCUCAUCUCCCGCGAUCGAACGAGCAUGACUCUUCGGCCACCCAACGGUGAUCCACUAACGUUCGACAUUCUCGCCAUCUUCCCCUUCACAUCAGAAUCUAAACGUAUGGGUAUAAUCAUCCGCGAGAGAGCUACUGGGCAGGCGACUUUUGUUCAGAAGGGAGCCGACGUCAUCAUGUCUCGGAUAGUCCAGAAGAAUGAUUGGCUGGAUGAAGAGUGCGGCAACAUGGCUCGGGAAGGACUCCGGACGCUCGUCAUUGGCCGGAAAAAGCUCUCUGCAGAGGGCUUGGCAGAAUUCGAGAAGCGAUACCGUCAAGCUCAACUCGUUGUUGGAGAAGAGAGACCUGUUGAAAUAGCCCGGGUUGUCAGCGAGCAUCUAGAGAUCGAUUUAGAGCUACUGGCUCUAACUGGAGUCGAAGAUAAACUGCAAGAGGACGUCAAGUCGACCUUGGAGCUUUUACGAAAUGCUGGACUUAAAAUUUGGAUGCUGACUGGAGACAAGAUUGAGACUGCUGCGAAUAUCGCCGUAUCUUCUAAACUGGUGGCGAGGAAUCAGUACAUUCAUCAGGUUGCGAAACUAAAAUCUGCAGACCAAGUCCGGGACAUGCUAGACUUCUUACAGGCCAAAUUGAAUUGUUGCCUUGUUAUCGACGGUGAAUCACUGCAGCUCUGCUUGGACAGUUUCCGAUCCGAAUUUGUGUUGCUGGCGACACAGUUACCGGCAGUAGUCGCUUGUCGGUGUUCACCGACACAGAAAGCCGAUGUCGCCAGAUUGAUCCGUGAAUACUCGAAAAAAGUAGUCUGUUGUAUCGGUGAUGGCGGCAACGACGUCAGCAUGAUCCAAGCGGCCAACGUUGGCGUCGGUAUCGUCGGCAAGGAAGGCAAGCAAGCUUCUCUCGCUGCGGAUUUCUCGAUCACUCAAUUUAGUCAUCUCACCAAGCUGCUCCUGUGGCACGGUCGAAAUUCAUACAAGCGAUCUGCAAAGUUGUCACAAUUUGUCAUUCACCGUGGGUUGAUCAUCGCGGUGAUACAAGCGGUAUUCAGCUCCAUCUUCUUCUUUGCUCCAAUCGCGCUGUACCAGGGCUGGCUCCAAGUCGGUUAUGCCACUGUGUAUACCAUGGCACCGGUAUUUUCGCUCGUACUCGACAGAGACGUCAAUGAAGAUCUCGCUUUACUGUAUCCUGAACUGUAUAAGGAGCUCACAAAGGGCCGAUCCUUAAGCUACAAGACAUUCUUUACAUGGCUCACCAUCUCAGUCUACCAAGGCGGAAUCAUCAUGCUCUUGUCGCUCCUCUUGUUCGAGUACGAGUUCCUGCACAUCGUUGCCAUCUCCUUCACCGCCCUCGUCAUUAAUGAGCUCAUCAUGGUCGCUUUGGAAAUUACGACGUGGCAUACAUAUAUGAUCUUGUCAGAAUUGGGUACAGCAGCAGUUUACUUUGGGUCCAUGGCGGUGCUUCCUGCAUAUUUCGACCUCUCGUUCGUCCUGUCCACUGCGUUCUUGUACAAAGUCGCGGUAAUUGUGGCGGUGUCGUCAUUCCCUCUCUACGUCAUCAAAGUGUUUAGAAACAAGUUCAAGCCCGCUGCGUAUACCAAGGUAGCGGGCAUAUAGAUUGGUAGAUGGCGUGACAAGGAUGUAUGAUUCAUCAUGUAGAGUGUACAAGUCAUGCUUGUGAGUAUGCAAGGUGGGAACGAGUUCCUCAAGUCGGAGGAAAAUCGGGGAAUGGCAUCUUCCCGCAAAAUACGCUAAUCCGGUACACUCUGCCUUGUCUCCUUAUCCCUUGAUUUAUCCUCUCUGGCCUCUUUUGGCUAAGAUCAUGUGUAGUAUCUGUUCUUAAUACUGUAAGAAGUAUUAUAUUCCUACGGGAAUUUCUUCUUUCGGCAUUUUUCAAACCUGCCCGACCUCUGUAGCUUGCUACACGUCGUGGCGCGAUGUCGCUGGCCAUACACUACAGCCUUCUGAUGUCAAGGUAACCCCCCUGUCAUUCAUCUUUUUUUGGUCUCUCGGAGGACUGUAGCAAGGCUCAAU